UGUUCCGUUAGCUUGCAGUUAGUCAUUACUUUCGCAUGCUGUUGAUGUUAAUUGUCGCUUCAUGGCAAGUUAUUGUGGCCAAAAUUUCCAGUAGUUGUUAAGCGUGUAUGGUUUUCCUGAGAAUUCCCUGGUUUUUCCUUGGGAGAAUGAUCGUCAACAAAUGGAUGAUCGUGGCUUUUAUUGUUGCGUUUGUUAUUCUCGAGAUGCAAAUUCUUCAAAUGACGAAUGUUACAACACAUGAUGAUCACAACGAGUAUGCAGGGAAUUUGCCGUCUAGCAAUAUUUUGAGAGACAGGGGUCAAUUUGAAAACAACUAUGAGUCUGACUCAUCCACUAGAGGGAAAGCCAGAUUACAAACUGAAGAUGAUCACAUCAUAAUUUUCUACAACAGAGUCCCAAAGACAGGCAGCACAUCUUUCAUGGGUGUGCUUUAUGCUUUAUGCCGUCCAAACAGAUUCCAUGCUCUGCACCUCAAUGUUAGUCGAAACUCUCACGUGAUGUCACUUUCUGAUCAGAUACGUUUUGCUCGCAACAUUACAACAUGGAAACAGGUGAUGCCAGCUGUCUAUCAUGGUCAUCUUGCCUACAUGGACUUUCAAAGACUCGGUGUUUACCAAAGUCCCCUAUUUAUAAACAUGAUAAGGAAGCCUUUGGACAGACUAGUUUCCUACUACUAUUUCUUGAGGUUUGGAGAUGAUUUUAGGCCAUACCUUCGAAGAACAAGACAAGGAGAUAAAGAGACAUUUGAUGAAUGUGUUCAGAAUGGAAAUCCAGAUUGCAGGCCUGAGAGGCUGUGGCUGCAAAUUCCAUACUUUUGUGGUCAUGCACCGCAGUGCUGGUCACCAGGAAAUAAAUGGGCUUUGGAGCAAGCUAAAAGAAACUUAGUUGAAAAAUACUUACUAGUGGGAAUCACUGAGGAAAUGGGGAACUUUGUCGCAGUUUUGGAAGUAGUACUGCCAAGAAUAUUUAAAGGGGCAACAAAAUUGUUUAAUGAAGGUGGUAAAUCUCAUCUGAGGAAGACAGCAUCGAAGAAACCAUUGGAAAGUUCAACAAUUGAAUACUUUGAACAAUCAAAAAUAUGGAAAAUGGAAAAUGAUUUUUACGAAUUCGCUAAUAAGGUUUUUCAAGAUGCCAAGAAGAGGGCGCUGAUAAUGAAGGACGGUAUCUUAGAACCUGUAAAAAAACAAUUCUUUUACGAGAAGAUAAGGCCAAAAUAAGCCAGUAAAGUAUUUGAAUUACUCAGAUUUUUAAUAUAUACUCAGGAUAAUUUUCCCCUUAAAUGAGCGAGGAGUUGGUAUUGAUGUCCGUAAGAGUGAAGUAUCAACUGAAGCCGCCCAUUUUAACACUACCGAGUUAACACGAGGAGUUGAGAUAAGCACGAAAUGACACGGCCAACAGCGUCACAUUGUCUCUGAAACUCGCUCAAUAUUAACAUCAAGUCGUCAAAUUUAGGUGACUUUCUCGGUGUGGAAUGUUUAUGGAGCAGCAUUCAAGUCCAGAGAGAAAAAGAGAAAAAUUGGGAUCAAUGUUAGUAUUAGACAACUGCGCGCUUACCCCUCCCCUAACCCCACAGCAGUCAAAGGGGAGGGUUAGUGUUUGGUUACGGGAGGGGUAGGUGCGCAGUUGCUCAGUGAUCUAAAAAUUGAUGUCGAGUGUGGACUCACUCCUUAAAAUGUUGCAUUGAAAAAUUUCCUUCCGUAAUCGUGCAGUUGCGAGGGAAAAAUUGAAAUGAAACAUAGCACGUACACAAUUCUGCUGCCUUGGCGUUGUUCGGAAAAUCCUCUUGAAAUGGAGAGUACCAGUGAAGGAGAAAAUUGUCUCUAAACUACUACAUGGGGAUCUUGUGGAAAAAGACAUUGAGAAAAAUAUAGAAAAGGUACUGUAUG